AUGAAGUACUCGGUCCGUUCCAACAAGCUCUCAUGCAACUCGCGAAACAUUUCACUGGACAGAAAAAUCUGGGGAUUUAUUUGGCACAAAUGGCCAAUAUCGUUUUUCAAUGUAUUGCUGUUCACUGGAUCACUCGAGACAAAACUUCAGUCACCCCAUCAACCGGUUCCGAUUACGCCAACGAUUCUUCCACCGAGGCCAGCUUCCAUUCAAUUUCCCGCUCCGGGGCGGCCGAGAACUUCCUGCUGGUAUUCGUGCUCUUGGUGUGAGAAGGAAUACAGAAAUCCCGACCUAUUUGUGGAUUGUUCUGUAAAAUACCUUGUUCACGAAAGCUCAAACUGUGGAAAAGGCAACUUGAUUUCUAACACGAAGACAACUCUGCAAUCGCCAAAAACCGUCCGCCAGGCAUGGCAUCGUCUGGAACUUCUGCGGCAUGUCGAGAGAUGUUCCCAAUCGAUAUUAUCUACACUGACAUGCUACGUCGACAUUUUUGGACUAUUGAGUUCAUUCAAGCGACUGGAAAAAAAGCUGCCACAGAUUCUAGACUUUUUGGUGAAACCGAUCCCCGUGCCAACUGUUCAAUAA